GUUUGAUUGAGACGAUUUAGACGAUGCUCUCUUUUGUCUUUCUCGCAGCAGGCGAUUAGUUUCCGUGCCUUCUAAGCUUGCGUCCUAAAGGCAUUUAUUUGGUUUGCAUUACGAUGACGACUGGGUGAAUCGCGUUUACCAUGUGGAUGGAUGGACUCGAGCUUUAAGGUAAGGACAAAGCUUUGGUUGGGCAAUAGAAUCUCUCAAUUCAUUACAAUUUAUUGUUGAAAGAGGGGAGAGCCAAAGAAAUCUGGAUCCUCAUGGUGUGGUCUAUCCUGAGCAGUUAUUGUUUUUAUUAUUAUCAUUUCUAUUUCUCUUGGUCCACUCCACUUCUCAUUGUUCCUGCCCCUUCAAGACGCAAGACGCAGCCCGCACCAGCGUUAUAGCGUUAUACUAAUGGUGUCCACUAGUCCUUUACACCUUCACACCUUUCCAACGUCUAUUUUCUCCAUUUAUCUUUCCUUUCUCUCAUCCGUCUUUCUUCUUAUCUUUAAAUCCCGGGUAGAAUCCUUUGUUCUUCAUUCCCUCUCUACCUCCUUCAUCUCUUCGUCUAUUCUAUUUUCAAUCCAUUCUUUAUUGUUGACUCAUCAAUCGAAUAUCCAUCACAGACGGAUAAAGAAUAUCUUCUAUAAUAUUUUUUACCAGGUUCUAGGCUUCUGAUCGGACCCUUUUAUAUCUUGUGGCGUGUUAAAACCGCCGAGAGGUAUACGCAAACUGUUAGCAGGUUGCAUCAUAGCCUGAAAGAAUCGGUACCUACCGGCUGCCGAGCUUUGAACCCCCACCAACGAAUAUCUUCUACACUCUGCAGACAAUCAUUCUUAUAUCGACUUUCGUUCAAUAGGGCUGUUUGAGGGGGACUUUUAGAAGGAUCAAUUGCUAUCGAGAUAUCGAAGACUUUCGGGAAAAAAUGUCCGGCGAACAUGCAUCAACGAGCGAAAGCAACAACGAAAAUAAUCCCAUUGCGUAUACGGAGUUGCCAACUGGGGAUGUCAGUCCAUCUGGGAGUGUAAAUGGAAGUGCAGUCAACAGUACUGUUAACUCUGCCGUCAACAGUGCAGUUCCAAGCAGGCCAAAUAGUGCAGGAGGGAAUCCACCAAAGAACCGAGGCAGGGUUCGAUUCAACGCCACAAACGAAGCCAAUGAUUUGGAAAACAAAAAGUCCCUCCACCCAUUGAGGGAUAAGUCUCUUUCACCUCACAGAUUAGCAAAGCAAAUAUCGAUACCAAAAUCUGCCAAACACACACCAUCCCAUUCGAAAAACAGCAGUGUCAGUUCAUUGAUGAGGUUCACUCCUGAUAAGGAAAAGGACAAUCCAUUCACAGAUUUAGCAGUGAUCAACAAUAGUCCCAUUACACCAACAGCAGUUAGCAAACCGAGGCCGAGCGUAUUAAGAAAUAAUCUAGGUGGAGGAUACAAGGCAGACUUAUCGGAUGUGGAAGAGAGCAAUGAGAAGACUUUCUCUGCUUUGGCCGCCCAGAGUCGGGCACAGAGGAUUGCUUCAUUGGUUGGAAGCCACUCCACACCGAACUCAAGAAGGAACAGUCUCGACGAUGACGCAGAUGAGCAACCAUCUCCACGACCAAGAAACCCCGGGGGACUUCCUGUCAGAAUCGACGAUAUUCCACUUGUUCCAAUGGAUAGCAGACCAUAUGAUGGAGCAGAUAGCGAUGACGAUAUCCAGAACGAAAAGGGCAAAGAAUCGAGUUCAACCGAAGCACAUAAACUCGUCAGAUCACAUACAAGCAAAGGUCGAAAAGAUGCAUUCAAAAUGCCUGUACCACGUCCAGGCUUAGUCUCUGGUCAAGUCACACCAGAAGAUGAGCAUGCUUCUGUGGAAGACUAUGUUCCACGUCCUCAACAAUUCAGAGGCGGCGUUCUCUCUUCACUUCUAAAGCUUUACAAUCCACCUACCAAUGGUACUAUGAGCUCGCCAGUCUCAAGAAGAAAUAGUGAUGUCUCUGAAGGAACCCUCCCAGUCUCCCUUGGAUCCUCCGGAGUUACGACUCCAAGGAAGAGUGCAAAGUGGUAUCAUCAAAAGAACCAAUCUCAAGAUACUCUAGCUGGUCUUAUGGAAGCAUCAGCAAUGUUGGCCGCCCCAGCUGGAGGAAGUGGUACCCCAAAAAAGAAGCCUGCGAGACCUGGAAUGGGAAGACGUACUCAUAGUGGCAGACUCAUUGAAACAGCAGCGAGGCAAUUGGCUGGAAAGCCUAGAUUGGAGGACGAAAUUCGGAUCACUAUCCAUAUCGCCGAGACUUUGAGCAGACAAAAAUAUCUUCUGAAACUUUGUCGAGCAUUGAUGACAUACGGAGCACCAACGCAUCGUUUGGAAGAAUACAUGAGGAUGACAGCUCGAGUACUUGAGAUUGAUGCACAAGUCCUUUAUAUUCCCGGUUGUAUGAUUAUCUCCUUUGAUGAUGCAUCAACACAUACUACUGAAGUAAAGCUUGUUAGAUCUGUACAGGGUGUUGAUCUAGGCAAACUAAAAGAUGUCCACGAGAUUUACAAGGAGGUAGUACAUGAUGUUAUUGGUGUUGAGGAAGCUACGCAGAGGUUGGAUGCAAUUAUUCGUGCCAAGCCAAAGUAUCACCCUUGGUUUUUGGUUAUGGUAUAUGGUUUUGCCAGUGCUAGCGUAGCACCAUUUGCAUUCCAAGGACGUUUUAUCGAUUUACCCAUCGCAUUUUUAUUGGGGUCACUUCUUGGUUACUUACAACUUAUUGUUGCUCCCAAGUCUGACCUUUAUGCAAACGUAUUUGAAAUUUCUGCUGCCGUUCUCACAUCUUUCUUGGCACGAGCUUUCGGUUCGAUUCGAGGAGGUGAUCUCUUCUGUUUCUCAGCUCUCGCUCAAUCUUCUAUCGCUCUUAUCCUUCCAGGUUACAUGGUUCUUUGCGGAUCGCUUGAACUUCAAUCACGUUCCAUGGUCGCCGGUUCGGUCCGUAUGGUCUAUGCAAUUAUCUAUUCUCUGUUCCUUGGAUAUGGUAUCACUAUCGGCACCGCUGUCUAUGGCCUCAUGGAUUCGAAUGCUACGAGUAAGACUACGUGUGACGCACCAAUGAAUCAAUACGUUCGUUGGUGUUUUGUCCCUAUCUUUACUCUAUGCCUCGCAGUUAUCAAUCAAGCAAAGUUCAAACAAAUGCCUGUUAUGCUCGGUAUUUCGUUCUCAGGCUAUAUCGUCAAUUUCUUUUCAGCAAGAAGAUUCCCUUCGAGUGCACAAAUUUCGAAUACGCUCGGCGCUCUUGCCGUUGGUGUACUCGGAAACUUGUACUCAAGAGUUAGACAUGGAGUAGCCGCAGCGGCAUUGUUACCUGCUAUCUUCGUACAGGUUCCUUCUGGUCUUGCGGCUUCUGGCUCUCUCCUUGCAGGUUUGAGUACAGCAGACUCCCUGACGAAUAGUACGACUUAUGCAAACGGAACCGCGAAGGUUAAUGGAACGAGUUCGGUUACCAUUUCAAGUAGCGAAGACUUGAACACAAUUGUUUUUAAUGUCGGUUAUAGUAUGAUUCAAGUUGCUAUUGGAAUCACUGUUGGCCUCUUCCUUAGUGCGUUGAUUGUCUAUCCAUUUGGGAAGAGAAGAAGUGGACUAUUCAGUUUCUAGAAAGCAGGGCUAUGUGUAGAAUGCGGGGGAAAAGGGGAUAUAUGGAAGCGGAGCAUAUCCAUCACAUUUGUACACAUAUGUGCAUACACAUACCCUCAUUCGUUAUUUGGUUUUGUUAAAACGAUGGGAGGACAGAACAUCGUCUUACGUAUUUGAGCUAGGAGCUACGGGCGAGAUGGCAAGCGUCGGUGUUUAGGGCUGUUGGUUGCUUUCAUACAAAGGAAGGCGCAACCACCACAUUCUUUUGAAGGAAAUGCAAGGGGAUGGGAGUUAUUUUUGUUGACAUUUUCACGCGGGCUGGAGUUUACUUGCUACCCCACUCCUUUGUUAUGGAUGGGUGGGCUUCAAAUGCGAUAGAUGGAACAGAUGAGUGAAACAUUAAAUUUAGACUUGCUUAGACUUAAUCGCUUGCUUGGAAGGAAAAUAGAGGGGAAAUAAAUGAGCUAAUGGGAAUAAUGAUACCAAGGAAUAAGAUAAAGGAAGGGAAGGAAAUUCUUGUAUACUUUUUUCUACCGUUGAAGGGGUCGGUUUAUGGAUGGGUGGAAGGGCUAGAUUAAAGGGAUAGAAUGAAAAUCUCUGAUCUCAAAUUCUUUGUCGUGUGAUGUGAUGUCUAUCUUACUGCUAGCAUUGUAUGAAAGCAAUCGUGGCUUUGACUUGCGAUGAUGUCAGUUUUCCAAGUAUCAAGGCUCAAGGUUAGGGACCUGAGACAGAAACUAGAGA